AUGACUACUCGACCUAAUCCAAGUAAAGACGUACCCACGUUAGAAGUCAAUCGUCGUGGGCGUACAUCUUCUGUCUCGUUAGAGAUCGCACAUGGGCAAUUUGAAGUCUCACCCAGUCCUCUACAUGGUCAUCUACUAAACACGUACAAGCAAAUAGAUCGUAUCUUAGCAACAGUUGAAGGAAGAGAGGAGGAGCUGCGUGUCUAUGAUCAAGCUGCUGGCCAAUGGCGUUUCUACCGCAUGCUUUGUCAAGUCCGUUUCAGCUACUUGUCGUUUCUCGUGGUCAUGAUGGUGCUCAUGUUUUCUUUUACGCUGCUGAUGGAGAUUUUCUUUGCCAUUUUUCUCCCAAGUGCAAAGUUUGACGAGUAUUACACACUACGAGCAAUAAUUUUCUUAGUGCUACUACCGGUAGUGCUGUUUUUCCUGUCCUACAUUUUUGAAGAAGCCUCGAGACUUUUUUUGGAUGCACUCAACAAGUCAGAUGGCUCACUUCCAAAUUUUCGACUGGCGCUAGCUGUAGUGAUCCAUUAUUUACGCCAUCGAACAGAGCUAAUUGGACCGGAAGAAUUAGAUGAUCGAGUACAUGAAGAGAACGAAACACAAGACGAUGAGCUACAGAGAAGUCAAACGAGUGCAAUUCGUCGCGGGAUACUUCAAACAAAAGGGUCGUUGCUGCUAGAGGCAAAGAAUGACCCAUACUUGGACGAUGACAAGGAAGAAGACGAUGAAGUCUGGAUACGCGAGGAAGCGGCUUCAGUGAAGCAACAGGAGGCUGCGGAUGCGAUGGAAGCGCGUGUAUCGAGGCUUUCGGAUGUCAGCCAGAGCCCAUCGAAGCAGCCUGCGAUGAACCGAUGGAAACGCGUGCAAGCAACCGUGAAAACCACUCUUCGUAUCAAAAAGGUGCAGGACGAAGGACCAGCAAUCGAUCUAUCGACGUUUAUUGCUGUAGACAUUGUGUGUCCUUUUCUUUUUGAGGUAGUGACGGCAUCUUCGAUGGUUAUUAAGUUUGUCACAACUUGGUCAAUCUCGGGUGCUUUUUUGGCCUAUGUGCAGAUGGGCUUCUGUUGUGUCAGCAUGUAUCUAGCGCUGUGGAUGAUAGUGCACUUUUGGAGCAGCCGUAAUGGCAAAAUGCGCGUUCUUGUAAGCAAUUAUCGCCGUCGAAAGCGUAUCAUGCGCCGUACUGUUAAAGCUAUCGAGCAAGAGAAGCGCGCCGAACACUUGCGGCUGUUGGCUGUUGGUUUUCGUUUUGUUUAUCACGUGGGGCUUGCUGUUUGGUUUUGUUGUAACAAACUGAAGGAAGACAAGAAAAGAGACAAGAUGCCUGUCGAUGAGAUCACAAUCGCAAUUACAGUACCUAGAGGCCCUGAUCAAAUUUCGACAGCUUCUGCUGGCGCUGGCGUAGAAUCAAGUGCGACUGCUGACCGAUCUCAUGCUACUUCUGUCUAUGUCUCGCGUCUCCAGCAAGUGCGAAAAUUUCGAGUAUGGGUGCGUGCACGCAACCCGUGGUACCAUCUAUCUCUAAACGUCCGUGGUAUGAUUUUGUUGGUGCUCGUGGUCGGGUCAGCGCUGCUUUCGUUGGAAUCAUUUUUUAUCGGAUGGCCUGUAAUGGGUGCGUGUCUUAUUUUCUUGAGCUCUGUCGUACAACGACGCUUUCCGCAGAUUUUCGGUCAAGCGUUCCGGAAAUUCAUUUCGGCUUUCGUCGUCGUAUCACUCAUUUUCUUUUCGUCGUCUUUCAUCAUCGGCACUUUUGUGUAUGGUGGUGGAUUUAAGCUGGGUGCAUUUGACAAUUCUACUGAACUGGUAACCAGCGCGCUCAAAGCCACCCAUGGUGUAUCAGCUUCAGUCACCAUUAAUGGAAAGUUGAUCAGCUUUGACGAUACAUCUGAGUACGCGGCUUGUAGCAUAACCUAUCAAGGACUUUCCGUGCUGGAUUUAGCGCUCGUGGCCGACGCUGCCUAUGGCUCCACGACGGAUAUCCAGAAAUCUGCACUUGAAAAUCGUUUCAAUGGAACCGAGUUAGAUGACUGGAAAUACAUGGCACGCAACAAUGAGAUUACGGAUGGACAAACGUGGAUGGAGAUUUACUUUCCAGUAGUCAAUAUGACGGUCAUUGCAAUUAGAGGUACAGCCUCUGCGACAGAGGCUCUCGAGGAUUUGCACUUUUGGUUUGGCAUCUGCAUUAUGCAGGCAGCGGACAUUUUUGUGCCGCUUCUCAAGCAGUUGCCUCGCGCUUUUGUAGUGAAAUUGUUGUCCAUGCGUCUCAUCUCGAGCGUGAUGCCGUCGCCCGUGUAUACGGACGUGUUAAACCAUGCUAUAGAUACACGUGCUCGCGUUGGGGACAACCUUGUAAUCACUGGACAUAGUCUAGGUGGAUCUAUUGCUGCCAUGAUUGGCGCCAAGACUAAGACAAGCGCCGUGUCCUUCUCUGGACCAGGGUUGCUUUACUCACUUGGACGCUUCGACAUCACGUCUCGGGAUGUUCGCGAUUACGUUUUGACAAUGAAGCCCAGGAAAGAUAUCGUUCCAGAGGUGGACGAACUGGGUGGGUUGGUGCAGGAGGUUCGAUGUAAGAAAUCAUCCCCAAUGGACUGUCACAGCACGAGUACUCAUCUGUGUGAGUUGUACUUCUCCUGCGGCGACACAAGACAGCGCAACUGGUCGACAAAUGAGCAGUGCAUCGCGUAUAAAGCACUUGUAUCGGACGACAACGAUGCAUAG